UGAUUCGUCAAGUCGCGAAUACUAUUCAUUUUCAAGACACUGUCCAUUUUCGGUCAGGAUUUGCCCUUUGGAACCUUACGAGUGGGACUGUACAUAAAAUAGAGUCUAUUUACGACGUCUACAUAAAUCUUUUAGCUUUCGAUGGCUUCGCUGACCCGGCUCGUGCGUGCAUUGUCCGCCGAACCGUGGGUGCCCGGUGUGUGGGCAGGUUGUGUAGCUCGCUCAGCGUUCAUUUCUUCGUGUGACUCUGUGAAAUCACACGGAGCGCAAACGGCAGCUCCACCUGUACCUUCGAGCAUUCGAACAAUUCUGAGAUUUCAAUCGCAGUUCACUCGAGGCGUAAGGAUGACGGACAGUGAACAUCCGGGGACCAUGAUGACGUCAUCAAGAGAAUCCGAAAAGGAGUUUCUCAGUAAAGUCUUUGACCUGAUUCUAAAAGAAGGAGUGGAGAAACAACUCAACGGGGACUGCAAAGUUGUGAAUUUUAAGCAUCCCGAAGAACUGCUCAAAACUUUUGACUUCAAACUUCAAGAUGACCCCGAGACGACAGAACGACUUCUGGAGCUUUGUCAAGAUACUUAUGACUACAGUGUGAAGACAGGUCAUCCUCAGUUCUUCAACACAAACUUCAAUGGACAGGACACAUUUGGUUUGGCCGGCGCUAUGAUCUCAGACUCACUCAACACAUCUCAGUAUACCUUUGACAAUGCUCCAGUGUUCACGCUCAUGGAGCACGAGGUAUUGGGUAAAAUCAGAGAUCUUUGUGGUUUCGAGUCCGGUGAUGGAAUACUGACUCCUGGUGGUACGCUAGCGAAUCUAUUUGCAGUUAAUCUUGCUAGAUAUCGAAUCAACCCUAAUUUCAGAAAACAGGGAAUAUAUGGCUCCAAACCAAUGAAGAUAUUUGUAUCAGAUCAGAGCCACUACUCGUUUGUAAAGGGUGCUGUUUUCAUGGGUAUUGGAACUGACAACCUUGUGGUCAUACCAACAGACGACAGAGGGAAGAUGAUCCCUGAAAAGCUGGAAGAAGCCAUCAUUUUGGUGAAGGAACAGGGCCACAUUCCAUUGAUGGUAGCGGCCACGUGUGGUUCCACGGUCCUGGCCAGCUACGAUCCUCUGGAGCCCAUAGCCGACAUCUGUGAAAGACACGGGGACAUCUGGCUGCAUGUAGAUGCCGCAUGGGGCGGAGGGGCCAUGAUGACCCGGAAGUACAGACAUCUGCUCAAAGGCAUCCAUCGGGUCAAAUCACUCACAUGGUGUCUGCACAAGAUGAUGGGAGUACCGUUUCAGUGCACGUCUUUUGUCGUUAAUGGCAACAAGGACUUAAUGACCAAGUGCCACGCUGCCAAUGCUGAGUACCUGUUCCAGCCUGACAAGUUUUACGAUGUCUCCUACGACACUGGAGAUAAGACCCUACAGUGUGGUCGUAGGGUGGAUAUCUUCAAACUCUGGCUGAUGUGGAAGGCCAAGGGCAACAAGGGAUUCGACGCAGAGACUACUCACAAAUUUGAUAUGGCCAGGAGCCUAGCAGAUCUCAUCAAGAAUACUGAGGGCUUUCAACUUGUUCAAGAGCCUGAAUGUACAAACGUUUGUUUCUGGUAUAUUCCUGAAUGUCUGCGAGGCAAAGAACAAAACGCAGAUUACUUCAAGCGACUGAGCAAGGUUGCGCCUCAGGUCAAGGAAGCCAUGACCCUCGAGGGUACUAUGCUGCUCACGUUCCAACCAAACGAGGUCAAGUCACAUGUCAACUUCUUCAAAGUCGGUAUCGGUAGCGCCAGAAUCAAAGACGAGAACCUGGCUUUCAUUCUGGAAGAGAUUCAACGAUUGGGGAAAGAUAUCAAGGUUUAAACCGUAUCUCUACCUCAUAACCACUGUAAAAGUACUGUGGUUUUACUGUGGUUCGACAGGGCACCACUACAAUGUUUACCACGGAGUUACCAUAUAGUACUGUAAUAAUACCAUGGAGUUACCAUAUAGUACUGUAAUAAUACCAUGGAGUUACCAUAUAGUACUGUAAUAAUACCAUGGAGUUACCAUAUAGUACUGUAAAAUUACCAUGGUAUUACCAAGGUUACCAUGGUACGGUGAAACAUGUAUAUAAAGACCACUUAAGGGAGACAAGAGAAGGGAAAGGAAAAAUGUGGUCUUUGUAGAUGGGUGGCCUUUCUGUACAGGUGGUCGCUAAAAACCAGGUUGGAAUUUACAUGCAUUUUGGAAGGGAACAGUGAAUUGAUUUGUCAAAGUUAUUUCAAUAAUAUAUGCCUGAAAAUUUCAGAUUAUUGUUACGACUGGUGAUAUAAACUUUCUGAUCAUGAGCUAGCUAUGACAAUUAGACAUUAAACAAAAUAGUAUAUUUAAAACAUCUGAUGUAAAAUUGCAGCUGGUAUCUAACUAUGAAAAAGUUCUGGCAUUUCAAACUCCGUUCUCUACAUUCAAGGAUUAAAUCUUUAAUUUUUACAUAUUAUGUUUGGAAAGUUGGCCACAAGCAAUUCAAAGCACCAUAUUGCAUUGGUGUGAUUGUCAGCUUCUUUGUUCGUUCUCGUGAGAAUUUUUUCUUUGGUUUUUCAUCAC